UCGGGCUAGCUAGAAGCUUUGGGGGGAACGAGACUGGAGCCAACACGAGCAGAGUCAUGGAACAUACGGAUAUAUGUCACCGGAGUAUGCAGUAGAUGGCCUGUUCUCGGUAAAAUCAGAUGUCUUCAGCUUCGGUGUUCUAGUGCUGGAGAUUGUGAGUGGCAAGAGGAACAGAGGGUUCUCUCACAGAGAUCACUUCCACAACCUUCUAGGACAUGCAUGGAUGCUCCACAUUGAAGGGAACGCGUUGGAGCUGAUCAAGUCAUAUAACAUCAAGCCCGAGUACUCAUCAGAAGUGGCGAGAGCAAUCCACGUCGGCCUUCUGUGCGUUCAGCAAACCCCCGAGGACAGGCCAACCAUGUCCUCGGUGGUUCUGAUGUUGGGGAACCAAGGUGAGCUGCCUCCACCUAAAAAGCCUGGCUUUUUCACAGAGAGAAAUGUGAGCGACACUGAGAACUCGCUCAGUAGCUCGAAUGCUCACCAUUCGACGAAUGAGAUGAGUAUUACGCUGCUCGAGGCUCGAUGAAAAGAGUAUCCAUGCCUUGUAUAAGAU